AUGUAUCCAACAUCGAUAAACAAAGGUGUUAACCUAGUUACGAAUAGCAGAAUGGGUUACUGUAGCACGAACAAACCCCUUCGUUAUAGAGAGGUGUUUUCUAAAGUCUCUUCAAUUCGAAAACCGCUUCCGCAAUUGACCUCGGUCUAUAACUCAUCAUGCUCGCCGCGAAACGACACUAAAUCGUUCAGUUUACAAAAACCGCUGUCUGUCCCCUUUCUUUCUCACAAGGACAUCAGGAUCCAGGUGAGAAGUGAAUAG